AUGGGGCGGGUGCUACCUUGGCUUCCGAGGUUGCGCCAGCCCCAGACAGCUGCCCGCCUUCUGUCGGCGUGUGUCAGCACUCGUCCGCAGUACCUGUCGAGGACCGUCCCUCCUUCGCCCGCAGUGAUCUCUAGUUUUACACGGUGGGACGCACGCCUGGGAGAGACAUUUCAGCAGCUUUUAGCUUCAGGGACCUGGGCUUGUCGCGAGGACGUCCGAGAGGCCGCCCUAGACCAGAUCUUCCUCCCCAUCCGUCUCGGGGGUUUCGGCAUUCGUCGCAUGGCACGCAUCGCCCCGGUGUUUCGGCGGAGCUUCGCUUCAGGUGAGCCAGAGCAGAUCGACCGGGCUCUGCAGAUGGCGCUAGAGGGUCUCCCACCCGACGUUCUCUCUCUCCUUCCCCCCUGGCCCUCUUGCGCUUCUGCCUCCCCCGAUUCCCUUUUUGCAGGAGCGAGCCGUCUUCUGGAGGCGCAUGCCUUGGAGGCCGUGCGUGCCCGUCACGCCUCUCCCUUGCACCUUGCCCGUUUGACUUCCCUUCAGGGCGGAGGUGCAGGGGCGUGGUUGACGUCGGUGCCGUACGCUGACCCACUGCGCAUCCCGGAGGCGCUGUGGCAGGCGGCUUCAUCUUCUCGUCUCGGUCUCCCUAUCCCCCAGUUAGCCCUUGCAGGUCAGUGCUCCUGCGGACAGGCGAUUGACGACAUGACGGUGCCUCAUCACGCGGUUCGGUGCCCGCGCUACGGGGUCGCCACUACCAUCCACGACACGGUGAAGUACAUGCUUCGAGACUUUGCGGUCGAGGCGGGCUUCGCGCCAGUGGUGGGAGAGGGGACGCGGGCGGAGGGACCGGGGGAGCAGAGAGGCGAGGCGGGAUCGCCGGGUGGCGGGGGACAGUGGGGACAGCACCAGCUGCGGGGUCAGGUGGAGCGAGGGAUAGGGGGGCAGAGGGGGUCGGCAGGGGGAGCAGACGGGCCAGGACGGAGAGGGGAGACGGCACAGGCAGCAGCAGGAGAGCCAGGGGAGGCCGCGGGCCCAGGGCGCCGCGCCUCCAGGUUCGGCCUCGGGGGUGGGGCAGGGGCGGGAGCAGCAGAGAGCGGACGGAGGUACAGGAGGGGCAGCGGGAUUGGGAGGGGAGGGCCAGGGA